AUGGAGCCAGGAGUAUCCGGCGAGGGGGCACCGCGUUUUCGCACUCGCGGGAAGCAGGGCGAGGCGCCAAGGAUGCGGCAGGCGCCCCUCCCUGCGCCGCAGACGCUGCGCCCGCAGAGGCGGCCGGCCUCUCUCGCCGCUCCCGCGGCCGCGAUCAGCUUCCCCCAAGUGGCUCUGGAGCGCAUCUUCCAGUACGCGCUUGGCGUCGACAGCAUCGCCUACCUCGCCAGGGUCUGCCGCGACUGGCGCGCGACCGCCAGGGAGCCGACGUUCUGGGCCGGCAAGAAGGUCUUCAUCGAAGGGGCGGGGGGCAUUACCCGCGAGCAGUUGUCGGCGUGGCUGCCGUCGUGGCGCUCGGCCGAGCGAGUGUACCUGACGUGCUCCCAGCUGGACCUCCUGGGCGCUCCGCCCGCCGUGCCCCACGCCAUUGUUCACCUGUGGCAGACCGAGAGCUUCCGCGUCCAGAACGUCUCCUGGAGAGAUAGAGAUGUCGUUACGGACGAGGCCAGGAUGAACAUCUCCACGCACGAGCUUGGUUUCUGGAAACUUCUCAGGACCGGCGGCGAGGCCUGUCUCGCCUGCUUGACUGCCGACAGGGCGCCCGACGAGGUGUGCUUGAUGCGCGAAGAGCUUGGCGAGGACGGCGUGGACCUGUGGGCGCCCAUUGACGUAGGCUGGACGAGCGCGAAGACAUUCGACGAGCUCGCGGAGGCCUACGACAUCUCCGUUCGCAGUGAUUUCCACGUAGGGACUCGCAAGACGGAUCGCAUCGUGCACGCGCAGAUGCUUCCCGAACACGGGUGGGACAUAGCCAUGGCCACGUUGGAGCAGAUGGGCAUGAGACACACCGCGCCGCCCGCGCCACCUCUUUUCCGAGCUUCCAGACGCGGCGGGCCCAGAAAGACCCUGUGCACUGCGCGCCUCGACCGCGCGCGCGGCGAGAUCCAGGUGACCACUGGCGGCAACUCCGUCCACACCCUCGGCAUGCGCGGUCUGCCGCUGCCGCUCGCGGAUGAGAUGCGCUUCUUCGUGAUCAUGUGGGACGAUCCGCGCCUGCGGCGCAUGUGCCGUAGACACCCUAGGCGCAAGUUCGCGGAGUUGGCCGUGCCGUUCCUGGCGUCGACCUUUCGCCCAGCUUCCCCGGCAUGA